AUGACCACUUCUAGGGUUAUUCGAGGCACGAGAGCCAAAGUUUUCUUGUACCUUUGUGGUAUAUUGAUCAUUGUAGGAAUAAUAGCUUGUUAUAAUAAUACACUUUCCCAUUUAGACGAUGUUAAAAAAUCUAACUUCAUUUGCCACCAGCAAGAAGAGAAUCUUUCGACACAGUUGCAAGUGAUAUCUGAUUAUAAACAAAGAUUAGAAAAAACUCUGAAAACAGAACAAGCUGAUCAUGUACAGACAAAAGCUAACCUAGAAAAUCGACUGAAGGAAGAAAGAAGUAAAUAUGAAAAUGAAGCCAACGAUAUGAAACAUAAAUUAGAGUCUGUUCAACAGCAUUUGAACUUAUUGCAGACUCAAUAUGAUGACUACAAAGAAGAGACUGACAAAGCCCAGAAACAGCAGCAAGAAGAGAUAAACAAUUUGGAAGCAAGAAUAAGUGAACUGUUAGAAGAGCAGAAGAAAAUUCGGUCAUCUAAAGAAAGUCUUAAGACGCAGUAUACUGAGCUACAAAGUGAAAAAGAAAAACUAGCGAAAGAACUUCAAGAAAAUCAAAACAAAUACAACAACGAUGAAGAAUUGAGUAAGUUAAAGAAGGAAAAUAAGGAAUUGAAGGAUGAGGUUGAACAUCUUAAGGCAAAAUGCAACAAUCAAGAAACUUUGGCAGAACCCAAAGUCCUACAAGUUGAAGACACAAACAAAAAUAACAAUAUUCUCGAAACUAAUGAAUUAAACAAAGACGAGAAGAUUGCGCAUCAAGAACCAGACACCGGCGCACGAAACGCACCGCUAUUUGUACUUGCUCAACCCUACGCCAACGAUAACAAAGCAAUUUCGUCAAGUACUUCAUCGAAUAAUGUACUGAAGCCUUCACAAGCGAGUUUAGACGGAGCCAGGCCUAUUUUGGUGCCGACGCUCACACCCGUGUCAGCCCGUAAAGAUAAUAAGGUACCGGAUGGUGUCGUUGCUAUACCGGAGAAGAAAGAAGAAGAAGUGGUGAACGCUAGGUAUCAAAAUGCAAGGGAGAGCGCCAACGAGCCGGUGCCGCAAGCAGAAAAAGCAGCGAAAGACGAAAUUGAAAAAGAAAACGUCGCCCACGAAGUAUUCGAUGCUCCGUUGUUCCACGACGGACUACAAUUCGACAACAACGAUAACUUCAAGCAGGUCGAUAAACCCAACUUCGAUAAGAAGCAUAUAGACGCGUUAGGCGCGCCGCACGAUAAAGACAAGAAGAAUCAGGAGGACCAGGGGGAUUACAAAGAUCAAAAUGAUGUCCAGUUAGAGGAGAACGACGAUGAUGAUGGUGAUGGUUAUGACGAUCAUCUGGCGCGGCAAAAAGAACCGGCUGUUAGGAACUAA